GUGCAGAGCGAGAGAAAACAAAGUUAUAUUUAGGUGUUCAUAAAAAUGUGUGCCCUUUCUGAUCGCAGUACUGAGAGAUAAACUCUUACUGCUCUGACAGUUUCAAGAGGAAUCUUGGCUUCCGUUUCGAUUAACUCCCCCUGAACUUAUCCGGCAUCAACUAGCCAGGUCUGCUACACAGCGGCGGGUCAGUAGUGUGUGCGGUCCCGGUCCGCCUGGUAGACGCCUCCGCUCCUUUCGCUUCAGUGGCGUGGUCUUUGUCGCAAACUGUGUUUCCCUAUUCGUUUUUAGUUUUGGAUUCCAUCACAUCGGUCAACAUGGGCAAAAAGGAGGAAGAGGAGAUCAUCAGAAUUGCAAAGAAGAUGGAUAAAAUGGCGCAGAAGAAAAACGGGGCUGGGGCUUUGGACCUACUGAAGGAGCUGCGCAGUGUCCCCAUGACUCUGGAGCUGCUUCAGUCUACCAGAAUUGGAAUGUCCGUUAAUGCCAUCCGUAAGCAGAGCACAGACGAGGAGGUGACAUCCCUAGCCAAGUCCUUGAUCAAAUCAUGGAAGAAGCUUUUGGAUGAGCCUGGAGGUGGAGAGAAACCUUCAGAUGAGAAAAGGAAAGAGCAAACGACACCAGUUGUUUCUCCCUCACAGGGAAGCCCAGAGGCAAAAGAAGAAAGCUCCAGCAGUAACUCCAGCAGCAAGAGCGAACCUGCUGAAGUCGCAUCCAACACGUUAAUCAACACCUUUCCUCGUGCCCCAAGCACCUCUGAUUCUAUCAGGCUCAAGUGCAGAGAGAUGCUGGCCAGUGCUUUGCAGACUGGAGAUGAUUAUAUUGCUAUUGGUGCUGAUUGUGAGGAACUUGGAGCACAGAUCGAGGAAUGCAUCUUCCAAGAGUUUAAGAACACAGACAUGAAAUACAAGAAUCGUGUGCGGAGCCGGAUCUCAAAUCUGAAGGAUAUGAAGAACCCUAAUUUAAGGAGGACUGUGUUAUGUGGGAGUGUAACCCCAGAGCGGAUGGCUAAGAUGACUGCAGAGGAAAUGGCCAGUGAUGAGCUGAAGGAAAUGAGGAAGAAUUUGACCAAAGAGGCUGUCAGGGACCACCAGAUGGCCACCACUGGAGGCACUCAGACCGAUCUAUUCACCUGUGGCAAGUGCAAGGGGAAGAGCUGCACCUACACACAGGUUCAAACUCGCAGUGCUGAUGAGCCAAUGACCACGUUUGUCUUCUGCAAUGAAUGCGGAAAUAGAUGGAAGUUCUGCUGAGUCUGCAGGCACCAUCCACGGCACUCUGACAAGUAGCAAAAUUCCUGGACCAGAUUCUGUCUAUCUGCAACAGAUUGGAGCUUUGUAUUCCGUGGUACAUGGUACACAACAUGCCAUACAAAGAUGCCUCUGCGGUUACCGUUUGAAUAAAUAUCCUGUUCAUAGAUUGAGCUCAUUGUCAGUCUCCCAAUGCCCCCCGCCCCUCAAAAAUCUUUUACUAUUGUUAUUAGUUUGUUUCUCACUGUCAGAUAUAUGCGAUCAAUCUUGUCUAAUUCUCUUUUAUCUGCAUUUUUUAUAUGUAGUUUUAACACUUUGGAUAAUAUUGUUUUGCUUUCCCCUCACAACAUUGCAUUGUUUUAUUUAAUUUCCCAAUAAAGUGUAAUCCAUUUGA